AUGGUUUUACUCCAUAGCAUGGAUGCCUUGGUGGCUAUUCCACUGGGGAGCAUCAUCUUAGCCCUAUCUGCCUUCUUGCUGGCUCGAGAGGAGCUCAAGUCUUGUCUCCUAUCAUCGAUUUCCUUUCCAAUUUCAAUCGUAUCAAAGCGUGUCAAAGCCUGGCGAUUUCUUCUGGAUGGUCCUAACAUCAUUCAGGCCGGAUAUGACAAAGCCAAAGGAUCUCCAUAUGAGGUCCUUGCUCCCGACGCUCGAUAUGUGUUUGUAUCUUCAGCUGAGCACAUCAAGGAGAUUGAUGCUGCCUCGGACAACGUUCUGUCCCUUCAGGCAGCGGCAAAGCAGAUGCUCCAGCCAAAAUACACAAUGAACAACUUCAACUGGUUUGAUAAAAGAGGCGUUGACGGUACACCGCUGGUCCGGACUCUCCGUUCCCUCCUAACAAACAAUGUGCCGAACCUGAUUCCGGAUAUUCGAGCGGCCGUCUCCAAGAUGUUUGACACCUUUCAUGAUUCGCUCCCGGCCACAAACGGGGCCAAAGCUGCACCACUGUAUCCGAUGGUUAAGGAAGCUGUUGCUUACUCCAAUGCUUUGGCAUUUUUUGGAGCAGAGCUUGCCCAGGACAAGCAGUUCAUGAAGGCUGCAAUUGACUUCAUCGAGAACACCCUUCUGAUUGCUGAAAUUCUGCGUCUUCUGCCAAGCUCUCUUGUUCCUAUAGUUGGAAAGCUCCUGGCAAGGCACUUCCGGUCCCACGAUGUCCUUCACAGUACCUUAAUACCGGUUACUGAGGAGAGGCUUCGAGAAAGGGCCCUGAAACGGCUAGGGCAUAAGACUCCUUCCCAUGUGAGUGAAAAGUUUCUCUCUAGUAGAUGCUCGCCGUUGCUGAUGGCAGAUCAGAAAGACUGCAUUCAAUGGGUGAUGGAAUGUUCGCCAACGCAAAAACCAUGGUCUGCUGAGAGAAUAGUGCAUGAACUGAUGGCACUUUGGUUCGGAUCAGUUCAUGUCCUCACAACAACCAUUUGCUAUGCAGUGCAUGAUAUUUGUCUCCAUCCGGAAUAUGUUGAACCGCUUCGAAAGGAACUCCAAGGCCCGGAAUGGGAGACUUUUGAAAAAACAGGAAAAGGUCUACCACUCCUUGAUAGUUUUAUCAGGGAGUCUGCCCGUCUAACCCCAGUUGAGUCAAUGAGCACGCGUCGACAGGCAUUGCAGCCAUUCCAGUUAUCAGACGGGACCAGAAUUGAGAUCGGAGAAUGCUUCUGUACUCCGCAGCGAGCGAUGGCGAGGGAUCCCGCCAAUUUCGAAAAGCCACUCGACUUCCACGGUGUCCGAUUCGUCGACCCAAGGGUACUCGCAGACCUCGAACAGCCAGGGUUUAAUAUACCUAAGACUGCGAAACCCUCGCAGCUUACAGAUACUAGCAACUCGCAGCUCUGGGGCACUGGACGCAUGGCAUGCCCCGGGAGAUUCUACGCCGCAGCAGUCAUGAAAAUAAUCCUUGGGCUAUAUCUCACCAAGUAUGACAUGGAGUUGGCAGACAAGAAGGCUCCGCGUUGGUUUACGUGGAGGUCGUUUAUCUACCCAAGUGCCAGCACAAUAGUGAAUCUUCGGCUCACUGGGGCGACUGAGUAA